ACACACACGUAUAUAUAGCCAUCACGAUCGAUCUCUCAGCCAUGUGUCACACGAAGAAGAGCGUGUGCUGCGAGGAGGAAGAGCGUACACGCGUGUCUCGGUUUUCUUAUUCGUGGGCGAGGUUCCUGUAAUUCGGGGCGACCGAUAACAGAGUGUGUUAUCGAAUUUGUGCGAGUCCGACCGACUGCCGUGCGAUUUCGCGCGACUUGCGGACUGCACGCACGUCACGCACCUCGCGUCUCCCUCUACUCCGAGUGCUCCGAGGAGGACGCCACGAGGAUACCGCAAGACGUGCAUCAGCGAUCGCAGUGCCGUAUUACACACAGUGGGAUCUUACAAGCUGUUAGUGCGGUUACGACGUCGCGCGUAUAAGUGGAGCCCGCGAUUGGAGAAGUUCCUUGGGAUCGCCACGGGAAACGUGUAAUUGGACCAAAUGGAUCGGACGAGAGGACGAGCCUCGAUGGGUAAUUGUCGUUCCAGAAAGCUUGGCGUUUGCGUGAGCGUGGUUGUACUCGGGACCUUCAUCGCCUGCACGAUGCUGGCGUACACGGCGUUCGCGUCUCCGGUUACCAAACGUAACACGUUACAGCAGGUGGUUUUUCUGUUUCGUCACGGCGAUCGAACUCCUACGGAGACCUACCCUAAGGAUCCUUACAUAGAUUACAAUUGGCCCGGUGGCUGGGGCGCCCUGACAAAGAAGGGGAUGCUGCAACUGUACAACGUGGGUCAGUGGGUGCGCUUAAAAUACGGCGCUGUAAUCGGUCGUAAAUUCGAGAGCACGGCCACGCUGGUGCGUAGCAGCUACGCGGAUCGGUGCGUCAUGUCGGCGCAGGCAUUGCUCGCCGGACUGUUCGUGCCGAGUCCCGAGGACAUGUUCGUGCCCGGUCUGGCAUGGACCCCCGUUCCCGUGCACUCGAUACCAAGGAAUCUCGACAAGCUGAUAGCGGUGAAGGUGCCGUGCCCGAGAUUGGAGGCAGCCCUAAAACGGGCGUACGAAGAUGAGGCGGAGAGAUCCGGCGAAGAGAUGGCCGGUUAUUAUAAGGAACUGACGGAGCACACCGGACAGAAUAUGAGCACGAUCACCGACGUCGAGUUCCUUUACAACACCCUCGAGAUCGAGGAGGAGCACGGCCUGCAGCUUCCGACGUGGACGCGCAAGUUUUACAACAAGGAGAUGCGCGACAUAGCCGCCCGCAGUUUGGCGAUCUUCACCGACGGCACCACACAAAAACGUCUUCGUGGAGGUCCAUUGCUGAAGGAGAUUUUACGCUGUAUGGAAGAGGGUAAAACCGAUCCCACGCCGAAGCGAUCCUAUUUUUAUUCCGCUCACGACGUAACUAUCGUCAACGUGCUGAGGACAAUGGGAUUUACGAAUGAGCUUCUUAAACCCGAUUACGGGGCCACGCUGAUAUUGGAGCUGCAUCUCUCCAAUAAUGGAGCCGACCGAGAAGUGAAGGCGCUGUAUUUGAACAAUACGAGAACGGAAGAUGCGCAUCCUUUGAAAAUUCCCAACUGCGCGAGUCCCUGUCUAUUGCAAAACCUGAGGCAAGUAUGGCACGAGGUGAUUCCGAACGAUUGGGACGCAGAGUGUAAAAUGUAAAACCAGCUGGCUUUCUGUAUAAUAUAAUUGUACUUGAUUGAAAUCAAUUAUUACGCUCACGUUUUUGCAUGGAAUCAUUGCUACGCGUGUAAAGCGGAACAAGGGAUGUCAAACGUUAAUGCAUGUAAUGCGCGAUACAUGUAAAUAAUGUAUACGUAACCGUAACAUCGAUACUUAAAUUAAUUUAAGUGUACGCUCAAUUAUUAUAAUAUUCGUAAUUAUUACUCUAAUAAUUACCCAUAAAUAUUAGUAAUCAAUAUGACUUAUACAUUUGUAAUAUUAUCAUUAAGAGAGAUAGCAAUAUAGUUAUUAAAAUAACACGUAAUAGUUAUUAAAAUGACACGUGAAUAGCGAUACACAUAAUAGGUAUUAAAAUGACACGUGAAUAAGAUGGAAACAAAAAGAAGCAUGUACUUUCUAGACUACAAUAGUGCGAAAAAUUUCAUUGUGCUUACCAACGUUGAUCCGUCAAUGAAACAAAGCAAUACGUUACUCGGUUUUUCAUCUGCAUAACCGAGGAAUCCAUCGGCGAGUGGAAGCGCCUGCUGCGUAAACUCUGUAAAAAUAAAAUUUACAUUAAACGUAAGCGAGUUUAAUUAAAAAAA